CUUAAAGUACAAAGUCUCUCCAAAGUGUACUUGAGUGCAGUACCUGAGGACGUUUACUUUGUAACUUUACACCUCUGUCCAUGACGCAGUCGCGCAGAGCUACGUUGAUGCAGAAGUGGGCGUGGUUUGAAGAACCUCAAACGCGUCAAGUUAUUGGAGUUCCCAGACUUUAGUCUUCGGCUCAUCAGAUCAAAGCACACUCACUCUACAGCCAUCAUGGGGAUUCAAAACAUCAGCACUUUGGAGGAGUUCACUAAGGCCCUGAAGGAGGCUGGAGACAAGCUGGUGGUGGUGGACUUCACAGCCAGCUGGUGUGGCCCCUGCAAAAAUAUUAGCCCAUUAUUUAAGGAGCAGGCGGAUCUUCCUGUGAACGCUAACGUGGUUUUCUUGGUGGUGGAUGUGGAUAAAGCUGCGGAUGUUGCUGAAAAAUGCGGCAUCACUGCCAUGCCCACAUUCUUUUAUUACAAGAAUGGAACAAAGGUGGAUGACCUCACUGGUGCCGACCCAUUACAACUGGUUAGCAAACUGAGCGCUUUGAGGACGUAGAUCUCCAGCGAGCAGUCCACACACACACUUCCUCAUUGUAUAAAAAACACAGUAGCCAUGGCAACAUGACAAACAUGAUUGGCUUUGCUACUGUGUUUCUUUGUAAGUGGUGUUCAAGGUGGAUUUAAUAAAUAAAGAAAUGAGUUACAGGAA